AUGGUAACGGCGAAAAUCGAAAGUGUUGCACUGGGUGUUGCUGCAUUCUUUGUCCUGCACCAAUUGGUAGCCUUCAAAAACGAGCGCAAAAAGAAGAAUGAAGUCACAAUCACACUCCCCGAUUGGGCCAUCGAGUACUUCAAUUCCUUUGACGGCAAGGUAUUCAAGUCUCAAGAAGAAAUGAUGGCCGUCGCAGUGGAAAUUUCCAAACGUAAUGUGGACAAAGAUACCGGAGGACCCUUUGGAACGGCGAUUUACAAGGUGGACAAGAAAACUGGGGAGUCUACAUUGUUCUCGGUGGGUUGCAAUCGUGUCGUUUCCUUGGGCAAUUCUACCUUGCAUGGAGAAACAGUAGCCAUCCAAAUGGCCCAAAAGAAGUUGUCGACCUUUAGUCUUCGAGAGGAAGAUAAGGAGUAUCAUUUGUAUACUAGUUGCGAACCAUGCUGCAUGUGUUUGGGUGCAACUCUCUGGUCGGGAGUAUCCAAGAUGGUGUGUGCUGCCACCAAGGAUGAUGCCGAAGCGAUUGGAUUCAACGAGGGACCCGUCUUUCCAGAUAGUUACAAGGCUUUGGAAUCGGCAGGGUGCAAAGUGGUUCGAAAGGUCUUGCAAAAGGAAGGGGCUGCUGUGUUGCAACACUAUGGCAAAGUGGGGGUUAUCUACAAUGCGGAUGGUUCCUGA